AUGGCAUCCAACGCCGACAAACAACGAGGCAUCCACAGUUCCUGGAUCGAGAACGCCGAAUGGUGGGACACGACAAUGGGCCUUCACGGGAACAAGUACUGGCAGCAGCUUCAGAAGCCCAGUCUAGAGAGGCUGGUUCCCGUGCAGCCAGGCUGCAGGGCCCUCGACCUCGCCACGGGCAACGGCCUCGUUGCGCGCUGGCUGGCAGGCAAGGGAGCCUCCGUCAUUGCAUCUGACGGGAGCGAAGACAUGAUAAAACGCGCCGCCCAGAGAAGCUCGCCCGAGGAGGCGGAACGCAUCUCGUAUCGCCUUCUCGAUGUGACUCUUGCCGAAGCAUUUGAGGACCUUUACAAAUCGGAGCCGGCGGUGAGAGAGAAAAGCACCCCAACGACUGCAUUAUCUACUGGCAAGUUGGUGCCUGCUAAUCAUGUGCUUGCUUGGAAGAAUGGGGGGUUCGACAUUGUGACGUGUAACAUGGCACUCAUGGACAUUUCCGACCUCGAGCCGCUCGCGGAUGCACUGCCCAAGCUCUUGAAAAGGGGCGGCAUCUUCUUCGCGACCCUGCUGCACCCCAUAUUCUUCACCUCGGGGGCAACGCGCUUCGUCGAAGUCGUCACGAACGAGGCCACUGGCGAAUACUACAACGCCCGCGGGAAAGUCAUCCGCGAGUAUCGCGAAAAGGCUCCCUGGCGAGGUGUCGCAGUCAACGGCCAGCCUGCGUUCCAGCUCUACUUUCAUCGCCCGCUUGACGUCUUGUUGGGGACCUUUUUCAAGACGGGCUUGGUCAUGGAUAACGUGGAGGAGCUGUACUUUGACGAGACGGACGCAAUCAGGGAACGGCCCGAGUCGUCUGCGAAUUAUACGCAGAUUCCGGCCAUUAUGGCUCUGCGGUUCCGCAACCUGCAGUGA